CUGCCACUUGUACCUGCCAGUAUCCGGCGCUGAGGUCGACGGUGGAGUAUAUGGUCUUGCCAUGGAACGUCUGCAACACCUGAUCGAUCUGGGCGGGAGCUUCACGGUCGUCGUCGAGAAUCAUGUUCAGCUGGCGGGCGUCGAGACAGAGUCGGGUGGAGCCGUCCUUCUUCGAAACGCAGGUAAUACCAGGAAGGAGUAUGGGAAGCACUUUCCUUCGACUUGGAUCUCCAGGAGGCAUUGUUUAGAUAUUCGGAGGCGACGUCCUGGUGUGACACCUGAUAGGAGGGUGUUCCAAUCCAUUUCGGGAGUGGGUGCAUGGCUAAUGGUCAUCCGCUGGUUCUUCAUCCGAGCAACGGUGCGAGAAAUGGGAGUUCCUGUCUCUGGGGCGUCGUCGUCCGUAUGCUCUCCCGAUGUUUCGUCCUCCGGCUCUUGGGCGGCCAGCGGAUCUUCCACUAGAAUGCAGCUCUCCUCCACCUGCGUCGAAGAUAAAUCAUCCAGUACAUUGGGAUGGAAAUCGGCGGAUGCGGUGGCAGAUGCGGAUGGCGGCGAACAAUCGGGGUGAGAUGUCCUCGGUGUC